AAAAAAAAAAAAAAAAAAAUCACAAUUUAAUCUAGUUUAUCCGGUCACAUUCUGAGGUGUAGUAAAGGAAAUUUCACUUUGCAAACCUGAACAUACAUCAUUAAUUAUAGCAUUAACUAUAUUUUUAGCAAAGGAACACACAUUUACAAAAAUGUAUAAUAUCAAUAUAAUCAAGUGUAAUAAGUAUAUCAAUUCCAAUAAAAUUUACUGUUACAAGUGAAGAGAGCACAAGGAAAUUCCUUGUUUAACUGCACUCUUCAGACACUUACAUGAUCUUGAAGAGAGAUCUGAAGAAACAACCUUUUACAUUACAAUGAGUUUAUGGAAGGCAUCCCAAUAAUGUCUACUUUCUUUGCUAUUCUAUUAAUUUGGAUGCUGUGCAUUGAUUUACAAGAAUCAAGUAUAAUUUAAAAUUCAGAUUACAUUACUAGAGAUACACGAAAUUGUUAAUUACUAACCAUGACACAACUCACAUUAGCAAUUCAAUAGGAAUUAUACAGCUUAGUUACAAAUUAGUUUUUUUUUAAAGAUAUUCAUUUAUGCAAAUUGUAUCAAAACAGUUCAUAAAAUUCCUGCUGAACUGCCACAUUAUUAAACUGAAUUGAAAGAACACUGCCAACUUAAGUUUUUACAUACUUUAUUCACAAAAUAAUUGCUUACAGUGAAAACUCGUAAUACUAACAAAGAAAACUCACAAUACAGUGUGCCCCAGUUCAUCGUAUUCCCUGUUUUUUGACAAAUUAAUAUCCAAUUUCAUACUCCUGCUGAGUCAUUUAAUGAUACAUAACAUUCAAAAUUGAAAUAAAUAAAUACCAUACCCGUUUAACAAAAAAAAUUAAUAUUAUUGAAUAUCAGGUAGGCAAAUUAACAAAAUAUACAAUUUCAUCUAAAAAUAUUUUACAUAUUUCAGCACUGCCUCCAUUAAAAGAGGAUAAAAAAAGAGCACAAUGGCUUACAAAGACUCAAGGUAGCAACUAAAACAAAAUAUGAUCUAGUUAUUGUCCUAAAACCACUGUCACUCUGCAAAUUUAAAAAUAACAUCAAAAGAAUUAAUGUACAUUUAACUGUGCCCUGAUUUCUUCCACAAGCAUGUUUCUUUUUUAUAGUCCAAAAAGCAUACAAGUCCACUUGCAUCUCAAAAUAUAUUUCCCACAAGUAUAUGUUUGUACAAUAAGGCAGAGAUUAAAACCCUUAUAUCCUUCCACUGUUCUUCUUUAUGUAAUAUAGAAAAAUUGUAACUUUAGAAUAUUUGUAGCAAUGCAAGUCAUAAAACAUUUCUGAACAUUCAAAACCUAAUGCUAUAUGCAUUUUAUAAAUCUCUAACCAAAGUCAACAAGCACCAAAACAAUGAAAGUGAUGCUCGAGACUUGCCUGAAAUUGUUGAGCAAAGGCCAUCAGCAUGAAACCGAUUAUAAAAGAACUUUAAUAUACAGCUUUUAUUCAACUGCUAAUACAACUUAUGUAUUAACUAAUAUUCCAAUGAGCAUUAUAAUAAAUUCAAUAUCUGGAAACCUUACUGACAAAUAUCCUUAAACAAAAGUCUUCAAAGAGGAACAAAUAAUAAAUGUAAAAGGGCAUUGUAAAAGCAAAUUAAAUCAAAAGUUGAAAACAUACACAAGCAGGAAACAUUCUUUGGAAUGAGGAUUUUUUUGUGUUAUUACAAACUAGUCAUAAACUGACCUUCCCUGAAACUUCAUAAUUUGGAAACAUAGAUUAUUAACAUUUGGAUGUAGUUUUGUAAUAAAAUUCUAAUGGCAAAAUGUGAUAUUACAAUAAGAAUUCAGUUGUUUUUGAGAACUAUUAUUACAAUGAAAAUUUCCAAAUCAUAACUGCGCUAUUCAUUAAGCACAUAAUACUAGCACUAACCUUUUUCUGAUGAAAACGUUAGCCAGUAUUACUAAAUGAUUUAGUUUACAUAACAAGUUUCAGAAGUUUUGCACAACAUGAACAUCACCUGGUGUAAAAUAAAAGGCUCAACCAUAGAGCACAAUCAGCUUAAAUACAAAAUAAGCACAAAAUAUAACUUCGAAAUCUUUGUUUCUCAUUAAAGAAAGUUAAUUUCACAAUACCACAAGUUUUAGUUCAAAAGAGGAGUCACUUCGAAAUACCAUUUCAUCUUUUUAUAUUUUACAUUUUCAGCACUGUGUAUUUCAUACAUGUAAACAAUUUACAUUAAAUGGUAACUAUUUACCAUGUUACAGUAAUGAAUUAUUAAUAUUAGAUCUAUUUAAGUAAACUAUGAUUGUAAAAGGCAAAAUACUGAAAUAUGUACAACAGUAUUAAUUCGAUAAAUUCAUAAAAAUGCAGAAUAUGUACAAGAGUUAAGGACAACAAAGCGUAUGUCUUGGCAUAGGUGUGGGCAUAAACCAGUGAGAAACAAUUUUCAAAGUAACAAUACAAUAGAAGAAUUACUCAGCAACUGUCUUAAGUCUGUGGCAAUAUAGCAUAACGGCAGUGCAAUUGAAGUACUACAGCCAUUUGCAUUUCCAUAGCUCAUACACUUAUUCUACAGCUUUUGUUGUACAGGAGUUAAAUAGACCCCAAUUGGUAAGUUAUUACACAGAAACCUUGUCGAAACACACUGAAAUUUACCAGCAGUUUCACGCAACAGUUUUUCACUGUACUUACUGUAAUAAUCACACAAUACAACAUUUUUCAGAGUGUGCUCACAAAAUGCCAUAGGGUGUAAUUACAUAGGAAAAUAUUUGUGUGUGCACAACCCAAAAGAAAUGGUCUUAAAAAAUCAGUCACACACUACACAUAUUACAAUAUUGCCGACUAAAUCACAUAUAUGAAAACUCAAUAGGAAAGAUACUACCAGCAUACAAAGCCCUACAGACAUUCUUACCACAUAUGGGUUUCACGAAUUUCACUAAUUAUGUGGUUAGCACGCUGCAGUGCUUUCAACAUAUCAGCUGCUUCCCGCCGACGUUGUGCAAUAUGUUCAGAUUCAUUUAAAAGCUCAUCCGCUUGAUCUGAUUUAUACAAAUGUGUAACAAGUUCAGACUGCAAAUUAUCCUUCACAAAAUUAACUAGAAAAUGCAUUACAGCUUUUGGUACACUAUCCUGAAUGGACUUGCGCACUAUAUAGAAAUAAGAUUUUAUUAGUCGUUCUAUGACGUCACAAUCUCUUUGUUCUCUAUCUGAGAGCUUUCUGCUUGCUUGAAUUGAUACAUCAGGAAGCAAAUUCACAGGUUUUUGUGGGCUCAACACAUUUUUCCCACUAUCAGAUUGAGGACUACCAGAAUUUUCAGUUGAGUUAUCUUUGACAUCACCUCGACUAGCUGGUAAUAUUGUAGCCAACCAUCCUGCAGUGUUGUUUGUAGGAUCAUUCCCUAAACCACGUGGAACUUGAUUUUUCAUCAUGUCUUUUCCAACAUCACCCACCAAAUUUGGCUGUACAUUACUGUGAAAUUUAUUUUUAUUGACUACUUUUAUUGAAGAGUCAUCUUCCUCAACAGAUUUCAGUAGAGACGAAACAACAGUUGCAUCUUUAUGAAAAUCUGGAUGUUUAGUGUUUAUGUAUGCUAACUCUAUUGCAACAAUAUUUUCAACCAUCGAGUUAGUAGCCGGUAGCCGCCGUCUUAAAAGCUGGGUAACAACAUCCACAAUGCAUUCAUGCAACUUUGGAAAUCGUAACAUUUCUUGCUGAACUUCUGUGCCACAGUGUUGGAUAAUCCUUUGCAUUUCUUCAUGUACUAGUUCUACACAGCGCAAAGAAGGUUCCUCUAAGCGGCGUAUUUGACGCUUCACAAGUAGUUCAAAGGACACUUCUGGCACGAAUAAUGCAGGGCGUGGACCAGUGGCAUUGCGGAUUGCUGUUAAAAUAUCCAUCUUUGUCAAUCCUGUUAGAGGAUGAAUUGAAUCCAGGGUUCUUCCAAAAGUUUCAUGAAAAAUGUAGCAGAUACGAGCUCCUCCACAAAGCUCAGUGGUUUCAAUGUUUCUUGCUGUCCCCUCAAUGGUGGCACAGUAAGCAGAGGCAAAUUUUGUGAUAAUUUGUAACAAUGUUUGGCUCUUAUCAGAUACAUCAUCACCAUAAGAAUUCAGUAGUGACUGGAAUUGUGACACCAUAACGUUAACUCUUGUUUUCAAAUCUGGCAGGCAAUCACGGAUGUGGUGCAUUAGCAAGCGAUUGAGAGUUUUGGCCAAGUAUGGGGUUCCAUUACGAUUUGCAAGAGUAGGAUAUUUUUUCUGCAAAAACACAGCUUCAUCUUUCAAAGCAUCUCUAAUGGUUUUAUUAUCCAUUAUAUCUUGUUGUGAUCUGUUUACGACACCAAUUAUACCAAGUUUUACAGGAAUUACUCGUCCACAUAAUAUGUCAAUGGCAUCUGUGCCAGCAUCCAUAAGAUCCAAUUUGGUAACAACAGCAAGAGUGCGACGCCCAUCUGGAUCACAUUCUUUAGCCAACUUGAGACUUUCACUAGUUGCCAUAUCCGCAUUAGCAGUUACAACAGCAAGAAUAAUAGAAUUAGGAUUAGCAAUGUAUUUCAGAACAAGAUCACGGAUUUGCGAUUCAAUAUCUUCUGGCUGGUCUCCAACAGGAACCUUUGUAAUUCCUGGCAAAUCUACUAGAGUAAGAUUCACUACUCGAGUUGAAUAAAUUUUAAGACUUAUUGGUUCUGGGCAAAUGCAUUUAUUCUUGCCAGCCAUUCUCUCAGUUUCAUUUUCAAUUUCUGUCCUUAUUUCAUCAAAAUCCGUAUAUAUCUUGUUUUUUGUAUGCAUAAACAUUCCCCAUUCUUCUAAAUCUAAUGUUCCAUCUUCUGCUGACCUGUGCUGAUUAUCUCCUUUAGGACAAUAAACCAAUUGCAAAACCAAAGGGCGACGGGUAACAAUACCAACGCCUCUAGGCAAGAAGGAUCGUCCGACUAAACUUUCUAUAACAGAACUCUUCCCAGAGCUCUGAGUUCCAACGACUAUUAUCUGUGGUAAUUGAAUGGCAUCGGCUCCAACUGUACUAAACACAUCUUGAAGCUUAUUUAUCACAGGUAUCAACGCUUCCAUUGUGUCGGAUUCGACAAUGAGUAGCUCUAUUUAUCCUUUAUAAAGUCGGCAACAGCCACAUCUAAAUUCAACAGAAACAGAAGUUCCAAUUUCAAUGAUACUCCUGGCCACUCCACUGGCCGGCAGAACCCGGGUACAUACAGAUCACAAGAAAAAAAAAGCACGCAUGAGCGAGAAAAUUCUAACCAGUAGUCGGUCAAUGCAGCUUCACGCGUAACUGUAUGUUCACUACACAGCGUUUCACAUCAAAACGACGGAAUUUUAACAAAGAUGACCGAUAUCAACUGAUACCACAUAACAGCGAUCGUGUCGUUAUAAUUCUGAUUCUAUCGAACCGUAAAGCUGAGCUUUCUGGAUAGAUGGCGCUAAUAACACAACGCGGUAACUUCUCAAUUGAAAUGUUGGCAACAUGACAAUUGAAGAUAUGGCGGCUGAGUCUGGUAUGGAUGCGUGCCCGUCUCCAGAAAUACAAGAUUCAAGAAAAAGGCCUUUGGACGGUGAAGUUGAAAAUGGGGUAACGAAAAAGUCACAUUAUGCUGGAGGUGCAGAUGCUACUUACCACUUCAAAAUGUUGGUACCUAGUGUGGCAGCAGGUGCUAUCAUUGGUAAGGGCGGCGAGACCCUUGCCCAGCUACAGAAAGAUGCAGGCGCUCGCGUGAAAAUGUCCAAGGCAAAUGACUUUUAUCCUGGAACAGCAGAUCGGGUCUGUUUGAUAACAGGUGGUACAGAAGCUAUCAUGGAAGUACUUGUAUUUAUUGUGAAAAAAGUCAGAGAGAAAACUGAUCUAGCAUCCAAACAAAGUUCAGAUUUCGAAAAGACAACAGACCGUGAUAAACAGAGCAGUACACAGGUUAAAAUUUUGGUUCCAAAUAGUACAGCUGGUAUGAUAAUUGGCAAAGCAGGUAACUAUAUAAAGCAAAUCAAAGAAGACACCGGUGCCUAUGUGCAAAUAUCUCAAAAAGCUAAAGACAAAAGCCUUCAAGAGAGGUGUAUUACUGUAAUUGGAGAUAAAGGUAAUAUUAUACAAGCAUGCUCUAUGAUACUAUCGAAGGUUGUGGAAGAUCCUUUAAGUGGUACUUGCCUGAAUGUUAGUUACGCAGAUGUGUCAGGUCCUGUUGCUAAUAACAAUCCUACUGGUUCUCCUUAUGCUAAUCAAAGCAGACAGCUCACACCACUACAUACUACAUUCAAUUCUAUGAGCAGUUUGAAUGCUCCAUUACCAUCUGUUGGAGCGAUGUUAUUAAAUGAUGGUGGUCUCAAUUUAAGUUUAAAUUUAGGUGUUCCAAGUGGAGGAACAUCUCUUACUACACAACUGCUUGAACAAAUUAAACUGACCCUACGUGGCAGUGGCUAUAAUGAACAAGCUACAAGUGAAAUUACUGCAGCUAUGACUACUCUUGCACAUUAUGGAAUUUUAGGAAUGGGCUUAGGCCUUACAACUGGGGCUGGUAAUUCAUCUUCAAGCAGUCAUAAUCUUAUGUCUGGUGGAAACUAUAUGGGAGUAAACAACCUGGAAUCAGCAUCUCUCUCCCAAACAGCAAAUGGUGUUGGCAACAAUGAUGGUGUCUUUGGCCUCAUUGGUUCCGUGUCGGGACUUGGCGGCUCUUCUCCUGUACCUCGUUCUGGAAUUUUGGAACGAUAUGAAGGUAGCAAUCCAGGAGCAGGGCAGCAACAGUCCACCAUGUCUUCUCUCUGUAAGAGUCCAACACCUUCUGAAAUAUCAGGUGAACAAAAAAAGGUUGAAUUGGAAGUUCCUGAGAACAUAGUUGGUGCAAUCCUUGGGCCAGGAGGUCGUUCUUUAGUUGAUAUUCAACUUAGAAGUUGUGCCAAUAUCCAGAUUUCAAAGAAGGGCAAUUUUGCACCAGGUACACGUAAUCGCCUUGUCUCCAUAACAGGAACUCAAAAUGCCAUAAACACAGCUCGCUACCUCAUAGAACAAAGAAUCAAUGAGGAGGAAGCCAAACGGGCUCGGCGUAGUACUCAGGCUGUUCUUCAAAUCUCUGGCUUAAUAACUACUUUUUUAUCUUCUGCUAUUUAUAAUUUGUAUGAAUUUCUGUCUGAGAAAGCAAUGAAAUAUCAAAAUGCUGGCAAUGUUAUGAAACAAAAU